GCAACAGUUGCACGGAUUUUACAUGUCAAACAUCUCUGUACAGUGACAUUUCUGCUCGCUGAAGUGGGAGGACGCUUACAAUUUGUAAUGCUGAAAUAUGAGAGAACGGAACCGGGGCGGGUGAAGGCACAUGGGAGAGGACUGUCCGUGUACUCGGGGCUCUAAGAGGAGAAAAAAAACACACGAUUUGCUUGAAACUGGAUUUGGCGAAGUGGGAUGAUUACAAAAAGUUGAUCUUUGGUUCCGGACUAAGCUCUGCACACCUUUCACGCCAACCGACCUCAAUGGAUACAUAGACUGAGAGAGCUGCAGACACAGACUCGUUGAGAUUUCAUUUACAUUUUCAUUAGAGUUGGAAGAUCCCAAAUCUCUUUGAGAGGGGAGAGCCGAUAUCCAGCAUUAUUUCGGUUUCUGGGACCAAAAUGUUGCGGUUGUCUUUGACAGCUUUGAGUCUUUCAUGGACUUUGUUCAUCUGCAACGUGAGCAGAAGUUAUGCACAAGAAAGACAGGGUUAUUUGGUCGCUGCACCCUCAGUGUUCCGAGCAGGCGUGGAGGAGAGCGUGAGCGUAACCAUCUUCAAUGCAAAAGCAGAAACACGCGUCCAGGUGCAGCUGACGGUGAAGGGACAGACGGUUGCCCACAGCCAUGGCUCAGUGCUCGACAAAGGCACCAUCAAACUAAAGGUUCCCUCUGGGCUAAGAGGCCAGGCCCAUCUAAAGGUGUGGGGGAACCGCCACCUCACAGAGGGAGGCUACAUCUUUCACAACUACACCACCGUCACAGUGGAGAGCAAGGGCACAGCUGUCUUCAUCCAGACUGACAAGCCCGUCUACAAACCCAAACAUAAAGUGUUCAUCAAUGUCUACACAGUCACCCCCGAUCUAAGGCCAGUAAAUGACAAGAUUGAGGCGUAUGUUUUGGAUCCAAGAGGAUCCAGGAUGGUCCAGUGGAAGAGUCUGAAAUCUGUCUGCUGUGGUGUCGUGAACAUGAGUUUCCCUCUGUCUGACCAGCCCGUGUUUGGAGAGUGGUUUAUCUUUGUGGAGGUGCAGGGCCACACCUAUAACAAGUCAUUUGAAGUGCAGAAAUAUGUGAUGCCCAAGUUUGAGUUGGUGAUUGAUCCUCCACACUACAUUCGUGAUCUGAGCUCAUGCCAGCAAGCUACAGUCAGGGCCAAAUAUACCUUCGGGAAACCAGUGACAGGGAAGUUGACAGUGAAUAUGACGGUGAAUGGAGUGGGCUACUACCGUCACGAGAUGGGCCAUCCUGUGAUUAAAACCAUGGAUAUUAAAGGCUCAGCAAACUUCAGCCUGUGUGUCAAAGACAUGAUGCCCGUGGAUGUCGCUGAUCACUUCAGGGGCACUGUGAGCAUUUGGGCGUCUGUGACCAGCAUAGAUGGAAGCAGGCAAACCACAUUUGAUGAUUCAACACCCGUCCAUAAACAGCUCAUCGACAUCAAGUACUCCAAAGACACACGCAAACAGUUCAAGCCUGGUCUGCCUUACAAAGGGAAGAUUGAGGUGACCUACCCUGAUGGGAGCCCAGCUGAUGGGGUGAGGGUGCGUGUCAAGGCAGAGCUGACCCCCAAGGACAAUGUCUACACCAGCGAGCUGAUUUCCAAGGAUGGCCAGGCCACCUUUGAGAUCCCCUCCAUCCCCACUGCUGCCCAGUAUGUCUGGUUAGAGACCAAGGUGACAUCCAUUGAUGGCAAAACAGUAGGAGACCAGUACCUGCCCAGCUACCUGUCUAUCAGUAGCUGGUACUCUCCCAGUAGGUGUCACAUCCAGAUUCAAAGUCCCAGCGCCCCAUUCAAGGUCGGCCAAGAAGCAGAAGUUGCUUUGAAAUCCACAUGUCCCUGUAACUUCACCCUACACUACGAGGUGGCAUCGAGGGGGAACAUCAUCCUAUCAGGCCAACAGCCAGCCAACCUGACAGCCUUGCACCGAGGAAAAAGGGCGACAGUCACCUUUGACAAAAACAUUCACCCCACACACCUGCCUCCUUCUGCCCCUGGUGUCGCAGGGUCCUCUUCCUCCUCCUCCUCCUCUCAGACUGAGAUGGAUAGCUGUGUGUCGUAUCUACGUUUCCCUGUUAGCCACAACAUGGCACCACUCAGCCGCCUGCUGGUCUACUAUGUGAGGGAAAAUGGCGAAGGAGUCACAGACAGUCUGCAAAUUCCCAUCCAGCCCGACUUUGAGAACCAGGUGUCUGUUUCUCUGUCAACUAAUGAGUCCAUGCCAGGGGACCCUGUCACCCUGCACGUCCGGGGAGAAAAAGGCUCCUGUGUGUGUGUGGCCACUGUGGAUAAGAGUCUUUAUCUAUUAAAGCCUGACUUCCAGCUCAGUCCAGACAAGGUGUUUAAAGAGCUGGCAGAUUUUGACGUUUCGGAUGCAUUCGGCAUUCCUAAAGAUGACGGACACUUCUGGUGGCCGGGGCUGUCAUCAAAGAGACGCAGGCGCUCCUCUGUGUUCCCGUGGCACUGGGACAUCACCAAGGACGCACGCUUCGCCUUCUCAGAAACAGGGUUGGUUGUGAUGACAGAUAUGGUGAGUUUGAACCAUCGGCAGAGUGGAGGCAUGUACACUGACGAGGCCGUUCCCGCUUUCCAGCCGCACACCUCCACUUUAGUGGCAGCCAUGCACUCUCGACCCACCACCAGAGCAGAGAAGCGGAGGCGCACAUUUUUCCCAGAGACUUGGGUGUGGCACUGCCUCAAUGUCAGCUCUGAAAGCGGGGAAGCUGAGCUGCGACUGGAUGUGCCAGAUUCAAUCACUACCUGGGUGACAGAAGCUGUCGGCCUGUCAGAGGAAAAGGGGCUGGGUUUAGCAACGACCGCGGAGCUUCGUACCUUCAAGCCCUUCUUUGUUGACUUCACCUUGCCCUACAGCUUAAUCAGAGGGGAGCAGACCAAAGUUCCCCUCACGGUCUACAACUACCUGCCAACCUGCUCUGAGGUUCAUGUUAAAGUCUCAGUUCCGAAAGGCAUAAAGUUUGUCGGCCACCCUGGAAAGCACCAUCUUACCAGGAAGAAGUGUGUUGCUCCUGGAGAGGCUACGCCUACAUCCAUCGUGUUGUCUUUCACUGAGCUGGGGUCCGCAAACAUCACAGCUCGUGCUAUUGCCUACAGCGAACCAAGCUGCUGUUCAGAUGGAUUCCAGGCAGGCAAAACAAACAAUGAUGUGGACGAUAGAAGGACCCCAAUCGGCCUGGAUUAUGUUCGUAGGACUGUCCAGGUGGAGCCAGAAGGCCUUCCCAGGGAAUAUACCUACAGUGUCUUUUUCUGUCCCAAUGAGAGAAUCCAUAUUUCCACUCCCAACAAGUACGAGUAUCAGUAUGUGAAAAAGCCGGCCAAGAUGAACCAGUUCCAAGUGGCAGUGAAGACCCACAACGAUGCCCAUUUUGCCCUCUCUGCCAGCCCCCACGACAGUGCAGAGAUGCUAGAGAUCGUACUGGGGGGUAGGCAAAACACUCGCUCUUGGAUCUCCUUGGGCAAGAUGGGUGAGCCCCUGAUCAGUGCAGCCACACCAGGCAUCCUCUCCUGGGACGAGUUCCGCAGCUUCUGGAUCAGCUGGAAGGGAGGCGUAGUACAAGUUGGCCAUGGUUUACACCCGUCCAAUGAGUCAGUGAUCCUCCAGUGGGCAGGCCAAUUCCCCGGACAGGUGCGUCACAUAGGCUUCUCAACAGGCUGGGGAUCAGUUGGGGAGUUUAAGAUCUGGAGGAAGGAAGACUCUGAUGAGAACCACAAUGAGGCCUUCACUCUGGGGGUCCCACACAACAUGGUGCCUGGAUCUGAAAGGGCGACUGCAUUCAUGAUUGGUGAUGUGAUGGGGCCAACUCUUAAUAACCUGGACAAGCUGUUGCGGCUGCCCUUUGGAUGUGGGGAGCAGAAUAUGAUCCACUUUGCCCCCAACGUUUUUGUUCUCAAGUACCUGCAGAAGACCAGGCAGCUGAGUCCUGAGGUCGAGAAUGAAGCGACUGACUAUCUGCUGCAAGGCUACCAGAGACAACUGACCUACAAACGGCAGGAUGGAUCCUACAGUGCCUUCGGAGAAAGGGAUUCCUCUGGCAGUAUGUGGUUGACAGCGUUUGUGCUCAAGUCCUUUGCUCAGUCUCGGGGUUUCAUCUUCAUUGACCCAGAGGAGCUUCGUGCAGCCAAGUCUUGGCUCAUCAAACAUCAGCGAGAUGACGGCUCCUUCCCCGCCAUGGGACGCAUCCUAAACAAAGACCUGCAGGGAGGUAUCCAUGGGAAGAUAUCACUUACAGCUUAUGUGGUAGCAGCUCUUCUGGAAACAGGAAUAACAACAGAGGAAGAGAAGGUGGCAGUGGCCAAAGCCAAAGAUUUCCUGGAGAGCAACACCUACUCUGCUGAUGACCCGUACACCACAGCACUGUCUGCGUAUGCCUUGGCUCUGCUGCGCAGCCCUUACGCCCCGCUGGCCCUGCGCCGCCUCAACCACAUGGCCAUCACACAAGAUGGACUCACCCACUGGAGUCUGACUGGCAGCACUAUGACAGAUGAGGACACUUUCAUGGGCUUCAGCGAUGGCCUCUCUCAGUCAGUGGUGUCAGCAGAGGUGGAGAUGACAGCCUACGGUCUUCUCACCUACACUCUCUUAGGGGAUGUGGCUUCUGCCUUGCCUGUGGUCAAAUGGCUCUCCCAGCAGAGGAAUGCCCUGGGUGGCUUCUCCUCCACACAGGACACGUGUGUAGCUCUGCAGGCUUUGUCGGAGUAUGCCAUCCUGUCCUAUGUAGGAGGGGUCAACCUCACAAUCUCUCUGGCCUCCACUAACCUCGACUUCCAGGAGACCUUUGAACUCAACAGGGACAACCAGAAACUCCUUCAGAGCGCCAAGAUCCCCAGUAUCCCUACAGGCCUUUUUGUCAGUGCGAAAGGAGAGGGCUGCUGUCUCAUGCAGAUUGAUGUGUCUUACAAUCUACCUGACCCAGUAUCAAAGCCGGCCUUCCAACUCAAGGUGGACCUGAAAGAGCCUUUUCAGGAGCGACACCCACAGCCCCCUUCCUCCUCCUCCUCCUCUUCCUCCUCAUCUUCCUCGUCUUCUCGUUACCCCUCCUCACGCUCUCGGAGCCGUGCUGACAACCGCUCUGAGCUUAACCGGAAGCGAAGGGCACCCAUUGAUGACGACGACCCAGCAGCCCACCAGGACAAAAUGGACUUCCACAUCUCCUUAGAAGUCUGUGCCAGGUGGCUCCAUUCAGGAUCGUCCAACAUGGCCGUCAUAGAAGUUCCCAUGAUUUCUGGUUUCAGAGCAGAUGUUGAAAGUCUGGAGAGGCUGUUGAUGGAUAAACGUGUGGGUCUGAAGAGAUAUGAGCUGAAUGGAAGGAAAGUGUUGUUCUACUUCGAUGAGAUCCCCAGCCAGUGCAUGACAUGUGUGGCCUUUCAAGCCAUCCGGGAAUACAUUGUAGGCAAGACAGCACCUGUUCCGGUCAAGAUCUAUGACUACUACGAACCAGCAUUUGAGGCCACCCGUUUCUACAACGUUAGCGAGAGCAGUCCGCUAGCCCGGGAGCUGUGUGAUGGGCCCACUUGCAAUGAGGUGGAAAGUUCAACCAAUCAGUGGAUAGGUUUUGUUCAGGCGAACCAGUGCAACAAUGUGUUUGGCUGUCUGGAGGAGGAGCAGUUUGAACGCUGCACUUGCUACAGGGACUGUGGUUACGAUGGCGAGCCAGUGUGUGGGUCUGACGGCCAACUCUACCAGAACCAGUGUCAGAUGGAGGUGUUUGCAUGUCGAAACGGGACACGAAUCAAGCAGGUCCCGCUGUCUCAGUGUCCUCACAUAGAAACCACGGUGGAGAACAGACAACCAAUAGCAAACCAGGAAACUGAGCAGCCCUCAGUGCCUGUGCACACAGGUGAAGAGGAGCAGGGCUCCAUGGCAGAGGUGUCCUACUACUCCUAUGAAUAUGACCCCGAUUCAGAGCCUUUCCUUGCUGAUGCAGACGGAGGGGACCAUUUUGACCUUCCUGAUGGUGGGCAGGACGUAGAGCACAAGGUGCUCCAGCCAGCAGAUCCUCAGCUACCCACACUGGACACAAAAAACACGCCUGAGCGAUGAAACGCGCACAGAGUGAAGCCAUACCCACCUCCAAAUUGUACAUUAUUUGUGAAUAUGCUAGUGAAUGGAAAGAGAAGAAAGACUUGGGACUUGUUCAGCCUGAAAGGAAGAGAUGAUGGAGUCUGGAGACGAGAGUGUGACAUUGUGUGAGAGUGUGUGUUUUUAGAUGUUUUGAAUGGAGUCUGCGUGGAUGCAUUUAUACAUUUGUGUGUGCGUGUGUGUGUUUGUGUGUGUGUGUUUGUGUGUGGUUGUGAUGUGAUUGUGUGUGACUGCUGUUAAGGUCCUCCAGACUUUUAUUAUUCUUCCUCCAGACUCCUAGUCACCAAUAGGCACCAUAGCGUCUUUGUUAUUCACUGUCCUGCCUUUAUAAUCACUAGAAGAAAUAAUCAAGUAUUUAUGUUUGUAAUUACACCUGACUUUAAGCAAAAUAUUUUGUUAUAUUUUCUAUCUGUGGUAUUUAUUUGUAGCUAGAGGUCAUAUCAUUUAAAUUUUUUGUCAGUGCCCGCCCAUACAGUCUACUUUCCGCCCUCGUGGUUCAUGAGUUCAAACAAAAGAUAUGUGCUGUCAAAGGCUUUUUUUUUCUUUCAUAACAAGCUUUAACCCAAUUAUUGAAAUGUUUGAUGAAAUUCCUGUGCUGGUAUCCUGCUGGAAAAAGACAUAUGCUAACCAUAUGCUUUACAGAAACAUAAGCUCAAAUGUUAUUUUAAAGAUUUUUGGGGGGCUUUUGCCUCUGUUAAGACAGUACAGUCGAGACUGAUAACAAGUAUAAAGAAAGAAAAGAGGACUGACAUGUAACAAAGGUCUCUGACCGACUCAAAGUGGUCCACCAGGACACACCAGCUCAAACGUUUCUGAAACACCAACAUCAUCUACUCUCAAGUCACCUUUCACCUUACCUACCUUGAGAUUUGAUUGUACAGUUCAUAAGCUAUUUUGUUUUUGUUAAAUUUUGAUUCGUGAAGCAAUCAACUUAAAAAUCAAGAAUGAAGUUUUGAAUUCCUGUAAAUGUACCAAAUUCAGUUAAAUGUAGCCCCUAUUCAUAUCAAAAAAAUGUGCUUUUUAAAACAAACGAGAAUAAAUUUGUAUACAAUCCAAGGUUUGGGGUUUGACGCCUUCUGCACUCUCAGGUUUUAAUGCUCUGGUUAAUAAGCAGAAGAGACUUGCUCGUGUGUCCACUCCUUCAGGUAAUACUUAAACAGCAAAAUGACCUUUUGUGUAGCAAUUACUUGGCGCAUGUAACCUUAAAAUUUUGAAGAAAACUUUGUUUUUCUGGCAUGAUUCCACGGUGGAAGAAGAGUCCAGAAAUUGAGAAAAUUCUUGAUGAAUUGAAGAAAUCAGGGUCCUCAUUUAACAACAGCAAAACAUCAGUUUAUGAACUCAUGCUAAAAUGCGCAGGUAA